ACCCCUGUUAACUCAGACUGACUUGUCGCUGCUGCUCCUGCAGAGCCAGGGGGAGGUGGAGAGGAGUGGAUCCAGAGAGUCUGGCUGAUAGGAGCUUCUUCUUCUUCUUCUCAGUCCUUAUCGUGCAGAGUCCAAACAGGAGGGAGAACAAUGCGAUUACUAGAAUAACAAACUGAGAGAUAUCCUGCAGCUCCUGUUCCCAACUUCUUCUUCUUCUUCUCUUAAAACAGGUCUCCUUCACUGCCCAGAGGGAACCAACCUCGUGGUCCAACCGGUUUUUACGCACUGUUUGUUUUUCCUUUUAAAUACGUUGAGAAAUGUUACACAUGGCUUUUACAGUUGCCUAGUCUACUUUUUUUUCCUCCACAUUAUCAGCGUGCAACAUCCUGCAUCCUGCCAUCGCCCUGGCAACCAGAGCUCCUCUCCAUCAUCCUUUAUCAUCAUCAUCAUCAGCCUCCAGGAGGAAUCAAACUAACCCUGCUUUUUUUGGACGCUCAAGUGGAAGCAGAUUGUUUUUCUUCACAGUGUGGCACUUCUAUUUUAUUUUAUAUAUAUAUAUAUAUAUAUAUAUUUUAAAAGUAAGGUUCAUGUGUCGGAGAAAUCAUUUCUCUCAGCACCAAAAUGCCUGUGAGACGCGGUCAUGUUGCGCUCCAGAACACCUACCUGGACACGAUCAUCAGGAAAUUCGACGAGCAAAAUCGCAAGUUUUUGAUCGCCAACGCCCAGAUGAAGAACUGUGGCAUCAUCUACUGCAACGAAGGCUUCUGCCAGAUGUUUGGUUUCGCCAGGGCGGAGAUCAUGCAGCAGCCCUGUACCUGCCAGUUCUUGGUGGGACCCGGCACCAUGAAGAGCGCCCUGGCCCAGCUGGCACAGGCCCUGCUUGGCUCAGAGGAGCGCAAGGUGGAGAUCCUCUACUACGAUAAAGAAGGGACCUGCAGACCGUGCCUGGUGGACAUUGUCCCCGUAAAAAAUGAGGAAAGCAUCGUCAUCAUGUUCAUCCUCGACUUCAAGGAGCUGAUCGACCCUACUCUCAAGAGAUCAGGCCUCAGGCAGAGAGUCGCCCAAGGACUGAUUUACUGUCAGAAUCGCAGGUUGAAGAUGAGGCUGCCGGUGCUACGGUCAAUGCGACGACCUUCACUCUCCAAAGAUCAGUUUGAAGGAGUGGUGGUGGACUACCUGCAGCCAAACAGCGAGGAAGUCCCCCUCAAAGAGUUUCGGAUCCCGUCCAAGGAGAGCUGCAUGCAGUCUGAGACAGAAGCCCUGAUAGAACAGGACCUCGAUCCUCCCUCCCCUCCAGCCCAACCGGCCUGCAAGCGGCGCUCCCUGCUGACAGACCGCCUGGACCCCGGCAACGCCUUCCCCAGGGGGACGAUACCUCGAAGCUGUUCUCGGGACAGCGUCCGCAGCCUUCGACGCGCCUCGUCACUGGACGACAUUGAUGGCAUGAGGGCAGAAUGGAGCAGUCGACCUGGAGACGCCCAAACCAACAACAAUCUGAAGCCCAGCGUUCUGAACUCCACGUCGGACUCGGACCUGAUGAGACAUCGGACCAUCAGCCGCAUCCCUCAGGUUACUCUCUCCUUCGGCUCGGACCGGAUGAGACCUCCUUCGCCUACCGAGAUUGAAAUCAUCGCACCCAGCAAGAUUAAAGACCGAACCCAGAAUGUCACUGAGAAGGUCACUCACGUCACUCAGGUGUUGUCUCUCGGUGCUGAUGUGCUGCCAGAGUACAAGCUCCAGGCCCCACGCAUCCACAAAUGGACCAUCCUUCACUAUAGUCCCUUCAAAGCAGUAUGGGACUGGGUUAUCCUGCUGCUGGUCAUCUACACCGCCGUCUUCACGCCGUACUCCGCCGCCUUCCUUCUCAACGAGGUGGAGGACGAGCGGAGGAGAACCUGCGGCUACACCUGCAACCCGCUCAACGUGGUGGACCUGGUGGUGGACGUCAUGUUCAUCGUGGACAUCCUUAUCAACUUUAGGACCACCUACGUCAACCACAACGACGAGGUGGUCAGCCACCCGGGACGCAUCGCGCAGCACUACUUCAAGGGCUGGUUCCUCAUCGACAUCGUGGCCGCCAUCCCUUUCGAUCUACUCAUAUUCCGCACCGGGUCUGAGGAGCCUCAGACAACCACUCUGAUUGGAUUACUGAAAACAGCCAGACUGCUGAGGUUGGUACGAGUGGCCAGGAAGUUGGACCGCUACUCAGAAUAUGGAGCCGCGGUUCUUUUCCUCCUCAUGUGCACCUUUGCCCUCAUCGCUCACUGGCUGGCCUGUAUCUGGUACGCCAUCGGCAACGUGGAGCGGACCAGUUCUGCCCGCAUCGGAGGCUUGAAGAUCGGCUGGCUGGACAACCUGGCUGAGCAGAUUGGUAAACAGUACAAUGAUAGCGACGCAGCCUCGGGCCCCUCAAUCAAGGACAGGUAUGUCACAGCACUGUACUUCACCUUCAGCAGCCUGACCAGUGUGGGCUUUGGGAACGUCUCGCCCAACACCAACCCAGAGAAGAUCUUCUCCAUCUGUGUCAUGCUCAUUGGCUCUCUCAUGUACGCCAGUAUCUUUGGUAACGUGUCGGCCAUCAUUCAGAGGCUGUACUCAGGCACGGCCCGGUACCACACCCAGAUGCUGCGGGUCAAAGAGUUCAUCCGUUUCCACCAGAUACCAGGAGGCCUGAGACAGAGGUUGGAGGAGUACUUCCAACAUGCCUGGUCCUACACCAACGGCAUCGACAUGAACGCUGUUUUAAAGGGUUUCCCUGAGUGUCUGCAGGCUGACAUCUGCCUCCAUUUGAACCGCAGCUUGCUGCAGAACUGCAAAGCUUUUCGAGGUGCCAACAAAGGCUGCCUGCGGGCGCUGGCCAUGCGAUUCAAGACCACCCACGCUCCGCCUGGUGACACUCUGGUCCACAGUGGGGACAUUCUCUCCGCCGUCUACUUCAUUUCCAGAGGCUCCAUAGAGAUCCUCAGGGACGACGUGGUGGUGGCCAUACUAGGAAAGAACGAUAUCUUUGGUGAACCCAUCAGUCUGUACGGGAGGCCGGGUAAAUCCAGCGCUGACGUCAGGGCUUUGACCUACUGCGACCUUCACAAGAUCCAGAGAGACGACCUACUGGAGGUGCUGGACAUGUACCCCGACUUCGCCGACAUGUUCUGGGACAACUUGGAGAUCACCUUCAACCUGAGAGAUGCAGAUAGAAUACACCAGCCAACCCCGGGCAGGGACUCUGAAUGUGGCUACCGCCGGACGAGGCAUCGGAGAAGCUCCCUGCGUCGUCGAAACCGACCAGACGGCAUGGACCGCGAAGACUCUUACCCCGAUCAGUCCUGUCCAAUGGCGAACCACCACCAGGGCACGCUGGCAGGAUCCCAUUGGGACGACCUCUGCAGCAGCGCCAGCAUCUGUUCGCAGUCUAGUGAUGAGGAGAUGAAGCCCAUGGGACACAGCAAGGGGGAGCUGUACCCCGCCGGAGGUGAUACCAGAGAUUACCCCCCAGCGGUGGUCAACCUCCUGCCUCACAGUGGACCUUCAGCUGGGAUGGGACCGCCUGUAGACCUCGGAGGACCGCCAUACUCAGCAGCAGCCCCCAUCAGCAUGUCAGGCCUGUAUGGCUACUGGCCAGACCGCCGAGCCAGCCAGUUCUCGGACAGCCAGAGACGACAGUCCUCCGUCAGGGCCAGUUUCCACCCUCCUCCCUGUGCUGAGGAUCGGCCCAGUGAGCUGGAGUCCAGACUGGAGCUGCUGCAGUCCCAGUUGAACCGACUGGAGACCCGUAUGACCGCAGACAUCAAUGUGAUCCUGCAGCUCCUUCAGAGGCAGAUGGCCCCGGUGCCUCCGGCCUACAGCGCCGUGUCGCCCAGCACUCACCCGCCUCACCCCACCACCCUGUACAGCACGGGAGCACCCACGAUCCACACCGUCCCUCCAAUCCAGCCUGUACAGAUCGACAACACUGCCUCACUCCUACAGAGUCCAGACUCGGACUUCAACCACAAAUCCAAGGACUCCCUGUCCAGCGGAAUCCAUCUCACUGCGGCCUCUGAUGACACGGCAUCCAUGUCGCCGGAGGCCGAACCACACCACCUGCCCUCCGUGGACCUCACCCCUCCUAAAUUUCCAUUGGUCCUAGAGCUCCCUGGACUUCUAUGUGUCGGCCAGCGCUUCCCCUCCCUCCCCGAGCACCUGGAGACCUCCACAGAGAUGCAGGAGAUCCAGAGGCAUGUCUCUGACCCGGUCUUGCCAGGCAGCUAGAACACCAGCCAAAAGCCUGGUCCUUUGGACGGGACAGCCAUACGUUCCCCGAUCCUUCUCCUCCCUUCAUACCUCCUCUGUCCUGUUCAGAUGCUGCUGUAGGGCGUGGGACGCCACUGAGGGUUCGGAGUGCCUCCUGUUUCUUACGCACAGACUCUACGGUGCUCCAGCGUCCCUUCACACCCAACAGGUCCUGUGCAAUGAAGAGAUUAUUCCCGCCCAGCAGGGUGGGCAUAUUGUGAAACAUGAGUUGACAGUAAACAAACAUAUACAUGCAUCAUGCAGUUGCUGGAUCCCCAGACCAGCGUUUCCCUGAAGAGAAAUGUCAAGGACUACUAAUGUGUUUCACACGAAGAAUUAUCUGCAUUCACUUUGUAUAAGAAUUGCACAUUUAGACUUAGAAAAAUGUAAUCAUUUAUUUGGAGUUGAAUUUAUUUUCCUAAUAUUAGAGAUGUACGUCUAGUAAAUGUAAUAAACUAUGAGUGUUAUAAGUUAGAGACUCACUUUUGUUUUCGGUUUAUGUUGAAAAAUAUCAAAAGGCAUACGGUAGCUGUCUGGCACACUGUGAAGGAUGGAGGCUUCAACGUAUUUUCAUCUCAUAUUAUUCAUGUUCUGACAUUUAGACAUGAAUCCACAGACUUGUUAGGCGUGACAUUUGAUCAUGAGAAGGUAUUACAACUUACACAACCAAGCAGGACUUCAUGGUUUCUUGUACAUUUACACAUAGCUUUGUUUUGCUUUGUUUCCCUAUUUCUGUGUCUGUAUAUCUGCUCUGUUCAACUCAAACACGUGUCAACUAUUUUUCACAAUGUACCUGAUGUGUUUGUCUGAAAGUGCCAACAUUAGAGGACUCGUUCUCUAGACUGUGAUACUUAAAACAGGUGAAGGGAAAAACUGCAGAAGGUUUUUUUUACGUCAAGCGGAGUGGACGGUAACUGUUGCCUCAAGGCGUCCUCUGUUGAGAUGAUUUCACAGUUCCAACCACAAAGUGAAUGUAAUGACCUUUUAAACAUUUAUAAUUCUGUAUAAUGUUUCUUGAAGCACAAAUUCCUGUUAUUUCUCUUUUUUUUUUUUUUUUAGAUUAAAGACACCGCAG